AUGGGUCUCGUCGUACUGCUCGACGAGACCAAAAACAUCAACAAUCAGCUGGGCACGAGGCUACCAGCUGUCCCACGCCGGUGGACAGCUACGCUAGCGGACGAGGUAGCUCGUCCGGACGCCAUUUACUUCGCGGUGGUUCAAAAUACGCUCCACUUGGAAGCGUUGAUCACCGCUUGA